AUGGUUGUGGGCAAGAACAAACGUUUAAGCAAGGGCAAGAAGGGCAACAAGAAGAAGGUUAUCGACCCCUUCACCCGUAAGGCUUGGUACAACAUCAAGGCCCCCACUCCUUUCGAGUUCCGUGACGUUGGCAAGACCCUUGUCAACAAGUCCACUGGUCUUCGUAACGCUAAUGACGAGCUUAAGGGCCGUGUUCUCGACGUCUCCCUCGCUGACUUGAAGGGCUCUGAGGACUACGCUGCUCGCCGCAUCCGUCUGCGUGUCGACGAGGUUCAGGGCGGCAACGUCCUCACCAACUUCCACGGUUUGGACUUUGCUUCCGACAAGCUCCGUUCUUUCGUCCGCAAGUGGCAAACUCUCAUCGAGUGCAACGUCACUGUCAAGACCUCUGACGACUACCUCGUCCGUCUCUUUGCUAUCGCUUUCACCAAGCGUCUGCCUUAUCAGAUCAAGAAGACCUCUUAUGCCCAGACUUCUCAGAUCCGUCAGAUCCGCAAGCGGAUGGCUGAUAUCAUGACCCGUGAGGCCUCCAACGUUACCCUCAACCAGCUUGUCGCCAAGUUGAUCCCCGAGGUUAUCGGCCGCGAGAUCGAGAAGGCUGGUCAGUGUAUCUACCCCUUGCAGAACGUUCACAUCCGCAAGGUCAAGCUGCUCAAGCAGCCCAAGUUCGAUCUUGGUGCUCUCCUUGCUCUUCACGGUGAGACCUCUACUGAUGACUCUGGCAAGAAGGUUUCCACUGAGUUCAAGGAUGUCGUUCUCGAGAGCGUUUAA